AUGUCCGCAGACUCUCUGCCACGACAGCACUUUGAUCACAUAUACGCCGCAGUUGCUGGCCCAAUACCACAAGGUGUUCCAAUACCACAAGGCGUUCCAACAGAAGGCCCCGCCACUCAUCCAGAUGGGCCUCCCCGCGAUUACUCUUAUGCACAACAUCCCAUGUCGUAUACCCCUCCAGCCCCACACACUCCAAUUCCAGCUUCCUCCACCAUGAUCCUCGAUCAUACAAGUCCCAAGCGAGAUCCCUUCUACGCACCAAACGCUGCAGAGCUCUAUAAUCGUGCUCAGCAGCUCUCUGUGCCUCCAUCACCUUCUGUCGAUUCCCCCAUUCAGAGCGGGGCGGGAGCCAACCAUUACCCAUCUGCGAGUGGCGUUCCGCGACUUCCUCCUAUACUUCAAGUCGAGAAACAGCAGGUCACUACGUCUGCCACUCAGCUGGCGAGUGCUAGUCGCCGAAGAAACGAAGCACAUUUUGUCUGCCCGGUUCCUGGCUGUGGGAGCACGUUUACACGCCGUUUCAACUUGAGAGGGCAUUUACGGUCUCACACGGAAGAAAGGCCAUACGUCUGCGACUGGCCGGGGUGUAAGAAGGGUUUCGCACGACAGCACGAUUGCAAACGACACCAAGCUCUCCAUACCGCCAAGUCAUCGCAAUCAAACGUGUGUCAAGGAUGUAAAAAGACAUUCAGUCGUCUCGACGCUCUCAAUCGACAUUUGCGUUCCGAUGGUGGUGCAGAAUGUAGGGCAUCGAAUCCCAAGUUUGCAAGCGACGAAAACCAACUACUAAAUGGCCCAAGCAGGGAUCAACCUGUGCAACAGCAGCAGCAGUAG